AUGGACCAUUUACCAGCACCUCGGGAUGCAGGUGCGCCUAUCAGAGUACCCUAUUUGGACGUCAUUCCUUACGAUCUGGUCGAUGAUUUGCCUCUGGAUGCAGCACUGGAACAUUUCCGGCAAUUUCCUGAUCGGCGUGAAUUUGGACACCAAGGCACAAUUGCGCGUGACCUGGACCUGGCCAAACUUGCCACUGUCGUUCAGUCUUGGCUGUACUUUGGCUUAAUAUCGGCAUUUUUCAAUACACAUAUUGACUUGACUGACUUCACCACCACUAGGCCUCCCGAUGACCCUCUUCGAGAUCCCGGCCCGGUUUGCGUCACAUCCGCUCACUCGAACAAGCUUCUCAAGAAGCUCGACCGAAGAGAGCGCGAGGCACGCAACAAGGAGCGGGAGUCGUACAGUGAGGAACGCGGAGAAACCGAUCGUCAUCGUAAGGAGGUCCUCAGAGAGCAAAGAAAGGCUUUAUCAGCCAGCAGGGCCAAGCGUAGGAAACUCAGGGAUGACCUCUGCAUUUACUCACGUCAUACUGUGUCUAGUUUGGACGAGGAGGACAUCGAGAAGUCGCCGGAUCUGGCUGCUAUCUGUCUCUCUAUCCAACUAUUGACUAUAACUCUCUUGGGUUGCAAUCCAACCAAGGAUCCAUCAAUAGGCUGGCGGGACAAUGAUGAUGAUUCUUCAAUCGAACCUGACGAUGGCUUGUCAGAUCUGCCUUGUUGGACGAAGCUUUACCUCUAUGGCUGGUUGUUCGGGAUUUCUAUAAAAUCGUUUUUUUGGAGUAUCCCAUCCAAAGUAAAAGCCCUUUUCCGAUAUGAACCGGCUCCGCCUCCCGCGACCCACGAGAUAUACUAUCCGUCAUACUUUCUUGAUCUGUCUCACUGGGAGAGCAACAUACUGGAAAGGAAAAUGGUCAGGAAUGGCUGGUGUCGAAGCGAUCUGGACCACAUUUUUACAAGUCAAGACCUCCUUACCAUCUAUUACUUAUCACAAAUCCGCCGAUCACCAGUUCUUUCCCUACCCCAUUUCCAAUGCACAAGGGAAGAGUGCUUCCCUUUCGAUUCUCCUUCUAGGCCGCCUUAUCGCCGGUCCCAUGCGACCGAUACUUGUCAGUGUCGCGAUAUUCAUGUCGACACCGAGUCACUGUGCAGGAUCAUCGAAGAUGGAGAUAUACCGCUUGUUUAUGUGGAGCCUGCCGGUCACGGUACAUUUUGCCUAAAACUCACAAGAAUGGGCUCGCUGUCUGAGUAUGUGUCAAUUUCCCAUGUUUGGUCCGAUGGCUUGGGGAAUCCAGACGCAAAUUCACUUUUCCAGUGUGAGCUGGAGAGCAUUAUGGAUUCCUUCCCUGAAGUUCCACUCGAUAGUGAUACAAGGCUCAGGACUUUGAAAGGACAGCUUCAAAUGGUCCUGAGACACUUAAAAUACAAAUUUGUCAGCCGUGAUGAGCCAGUCUUCCGGAAACAGCUGUUUUGGAUGGACACGUUAUGCAUCCCAGUUGCAUGUGCAUCGAAUACCCCGGACCAGGUUGCAAGAAUCAACGCGCUCAAGCAGAGGGCCAUUCAUCAUAUGAAUAUGGUGUACUACGGGGCCACUACUCAUGCUAUGAUAUUGGACGCUCAGCUACGAAAAAUAAGUCUCACAGGAGCACCCAAGUGCGAGAUCGCAGCACGGAUCGCCUUCAGUCAUUGGAAUUCGCGGUGCUGGACGCUUCAAGAAGGGGCUUUAGGGUCAACAUGGCUUGUCAAGUUUUCUGAUGGUCUCUUGGGCGGCGAUCGCUUCAGAACAUCACCCCGCAGACUUGAAGAAGAAGACUCACACAUGAGGAACCACAUGUUGCAAUAUUUGAAAGAGCCUGAGACGAUAUUCGAAGCUGAUGAAUUGUCACAUCCUAUGCCUAGAACAGAAUGCUCCGUCGAAGAACACAUACGCAAGCAGCUAGUGUCGGUUCUAGAAGGCCCUAUGCAGUUGUUCAGUGACUCUGACGGAAUAUUCCAGAGCGACGAAGACUCUUUGGCUGCCAAAGAUCAUGCUGCGCGAGAUGUCUCCAGCUUCUCAGAUAUCUGGAACAUGCUCGCUUGGAGAAGCACAAGUGAAGAAAAGGAUGUCCCGGGGAUAUUUGCGAACCUGCUUACUUUCAACUUUCAUCAGCUUGUGCAGUAUUUUCCCGGUCAUAACAUGCUGAUGGGACUUCUAUGGAAUCUGGAGGGUGUUCCUCUUACGUUACUCUUCAACCAAGGCCCACGGCUCAAAGCGGCCGACGACGAGAUGUCGACUGAGGCAGGAGCUCGUUAUGCUCUUCUCCUAGACGGUGAUCCUAGAAGCACGGAAAGAGAGCCAGAAGAAGACACUAGAACUAUACGAGGCGCCCUACUUGGCGUCCGUGAAUACAUGCCAAUCGACUAUGAAGAUACAGACGAACAACGCAAAGACUACCCAAGGAACGGGCUGCGUAUCUCUGCAAUUUUUGACUGUCCUGCUGAGCUACAUCUCUAUAAAAGUCAAACAGCACCCGAAGAUGUGCCAGUAGUAGCAAUAGAUGCUGUAGAGCUUCUGAGAAAUAUGAAGAUUGGGAGGUCUUUCUCCAGGCUGAUUCGAGCCAUCCAAAACCUCUAG